AUGCCGGGCAACCACCACUGCCUCGGCCGUCAGAUAUGGCAUGUCAUCUUUAGCACGCUCAAGCCAGAGCACACGUCCGUGGAUCUUCCCCUUAUUCUGUAUUGCGCAAACCAUGAUAGCCACAGCCAUGCCCUCAACCGUGAAUCCUCCAAGAUCACACAGCCCAAAUCUCAGGGCGCCUCGCAAGCCAUGCUCUAUGCCACCGGCCUGACACCCGCCGACAUGCACAAACCCCAGGUCGGGAUCACCUCCGUUUGGUUCGAGGGUAACCCGUGCAACAUGCACCUUCUCUCGCUGUCGGAAAUCCUGCGGGACUCUGUCACGCGCGCCAACCUCGUUUCCAUGCGCUUCAGCUCAAUCGGCGCCUCGGACGGUAUUAGCAUGGGCACCUCGGGGAUGAGAUACAGUCUGCGGAGCAGAGAGAUCAUAGCGGACGGGAUUGAAACGGUGAUGCACGCGCAGUGGUACGAUGCCAACGUUUCGUUACCAGGGUGUUAUAAGAACAUGCCGGGCGUGGUGAUGGCCAUGGGCCGGGUCAACCUGCCCAGUUUGAUGGUUUAUGGCGGGAGCAUCAAGCCCGGGCGGUGCAGUAGUGCACCAGGUAAAGGGGGAGGCCAGAAGCUCGAUCUUGUUAGCGCGUUCCAGUUCUACGGACAGUAUAUCACGGGCCAGAUCGACGAGGCGCAGCGCAUGGACAUCAUCCAAAAAUGCGUGCCCGGGCGCCGGGGCUUGUGGCAGCAUACAAUGGGGAUGACGGUGCCAGGCAGCAGCAGCACGCCGGCUGAGGAUCCGCGAAAACGAGCUGAGUGCGAAGGGGUGGGUGAAAUUAUUUGGAAUCUGCUCAAGGAAGAUAUCCGGCCCAGGGAUAUCAUGACACGGCAGGCGUUUGAGAAUGCCAUGAUCGUGGUGACUGUACUUGGCGGGAACACAAAUGCCAUCUUCCAUCUCAUCGCAAUGGCGGAUGCCGUGGGCAUCAAGCUCACUAUCGACGACUUCCAGGCUGUGUCAGACAAGACACCCUUCCUGGCAGACCUCAAACCGUCAAGUCAAUACGUAAUGCACGAUUUGUACAACAUUGGAGGCACGCCGGCCUUGCUCAAGUUCCUGCUGAAGGAAGGGCUGAUUGACGGCGAGGGAAUCACCGUGACAGGCCGGACGAUACCUCGCCUCCUGGCCGGGUUUCCCGUCGAAUCAGCCCAUCAUCCGCCCGCUCAAUUCUUCGUGGGUCUCAAGAUUACCGGCAAGGAAGGGCUGCGGUUUGAGGGCGCAGCUAAAUGUUUUGACUAUGAGGAUGCGUUCAUUAGGGCGCUGGAACAGGGGGAGAUCAGAAAAGGCGAGAAGACGGUGGUGAUCAUCCGAUAUGAGGGCCCCAAGGGCGGGCCUGGCAUGCCGGAGAUGCUCAAGCCCAGUUCGGCCAUUAUGGGCGCGGGCCUGGGCCAGGAUGUUGCCUUGCUUACUGAUGGGAGAUUUUCGGGUGGUAGCCACGGGUUUAUCAUCGGGCAUGUCGUGCCCGAAGCGAUGGAAGGGGGUCCAAUUGCCUUAGUUAGAGAUGGUGACCGCUUAAUGCGGAGAAAAGAGUGA